AUGCCUCCCAAGAAGGACCAGAAGGACUGGUCAUGCAACUGCCCCAAAGCAUGCCCAAUCCCCAGUCCGGGAAGGAACAAGUCCAAGUCCAAGUCACCGGCCAAGGGCAGCCAUAAUAGCAAAGGCAAGCGAGCCAUAAGCGUUCUUUCGUCAGAAACCGACGACUCCGUUGUCGUUAUCUCGCCGAAGAAGGGCGACUGCCAGGCGCAGAAGUGCAAAACCAACCCCCGUUGUUACAAUCACUUGGGCGUGGAGAAGUGGUGGAAGGACGAUGCCCUCGAGACCUUCCUUCAAUCCCGGAUGGGUGAGGAGAUUAGAGAGCGCGGCGACAGCGGGCCUCCAGGCCUUCGCAACUACGGUGCUACAUGCUACGCCAAUGCCUUCCUCCAAGUCUGGUUCCACAACGUGUCGUUUCGCAAUGGAGUAUUUGAGGCCGUGGGAGACCGUGUGAAUCCCCUCUUCCACCUGGCCAUGAUCUUCGCAGCGAUGCGGUACACGUGCCGCCAAGUGGUCGACCCGGGUGCGCUGAUCGAGGCUCUCCGCCUCGACAAGGGCGCGCAACAGGACGCAGCUGAGUUCUCAAAGCUCUUCAUGGACCUCAUUGAGAAGCAGUUCAGGGCACAGGGCGGACCUCUCGCCGACUUUGUUGCCGAACAGUUCGCUGGCCAGCUUGAAUACCGCACCAAGUGCAACACUUGCAGUUACGUGUCGAGCACGAGCUCCCCGUUCAUGGAGCUCGAAGUCCCUCUUCGAGACGGCUGUUCACUCGAGGGCCAAAUCAAGCACAUGCUCACUCCUGAGCUACUGGACGGCGAUAACAAGUACAGAUGCCCACAGUGCUCGUCACUCCAGCCCGCGACCCGGUCUACCCACCUGCAGCACCUUCCUCCAGCACUCCACUUUGCACUGAACCGCUUUGAGUAUACUCCAACGUCGGACGAACGGAAGAAGAGCAAAGCCCGCAUCUCGUACCCCCGCAGGCUGCGGCUUGAGAACGUCGAGUACGACCUCCACGGAGUGGUCGUGCACGAGGGGCUCAAAGCUACCCAAGGCCACUUCACUGCUGAGGUGUACGACGAGAACGAUAAGGAGUGGUACUUCUGCUCUGACGGCGAGGUGUGCAACCUCUCCGAGCGGCCCAAGAAGAAGCUCAAGCUCGACCCCGACGCGCCAGGCGACCAAGUGUCGCGAGACGCCUAUAUGCUCGUGUAUCAGCGCAGUCGACAGCCUCCUCCACAACGACACGCCCCACAGCACUUGCGCAGGGAGAUCAGACGAGACAACGACGAGCUACUGAGUUCCAUGGGAGGACAAUUUGAUAAACGUAAAACGCUCAGUGAGGCGUUCAAUCUGCUGGUCCGCGAGAAGGAGACUGUGCUGAACUUGAUCCCUGGUGAUGACUGCGUUGUGCCGCGCGAGUGUCUAGCAGAGUGGCUUGCUUCGGACAAGCUGAGCACCAAGUGGAUUGUGCCAAGCAAUCUCAAGUGUUACCAUGGGCAGUACGACCCGAACCAGUCAGCGUUUCGCCUCAUCUCGCGAGUUGCGUUCGAGCGGCUCAAGUUGCUGUAUAACAGACAGUGGGACGAGUUACUCUCGGAACAAUCCCCCAACAGACAGGCACUUUUCUACCUGCUCCAAAGACACAACAGUGAGACUAAGGGUCAGAAUCCGGCAACAGCGAAACACGCCCGCAGCGCUUCCCAGUGCAGCACAAGAAGUCAAGGCAGCCACUCUUCCUCCGCAAGCGAUUCCGACAAGGUGCACGUCCCGCUAGUCGACGAGAGCAGCGACAAUGCGACUCCAGACAUGGACGAACCCAGCUCGGGAUCGGUGCCAGCCGGUAACUUCAAGUUCCAUGGCUCUCCCAUGUCCAAUGUGAACGUUCAAGGCCUCAAGUCCUCACAACCUAACCCUCGGAGCUGUUCGUCGCUACCCGACCCAUCCACCAACGACGCGCUGGACCAACCACUAUCAACGCCAAGCGGAUCAUCGGCAGAAUCAAAGGGCGACAUUAGCGUCGAAAAUGGCAAUGGCAACGACGACGACGAAGUACAAUGCCUCUCUCCCGCUAUUGAAUUCCCAGAGCUCGACAUCUGCCUCCAGUGUGUGCGCGAGGAGUACGAGCGCAAGAUCAAAGACUCGCGCCAAGCUGAACUGUUAGACGAGUUCGAACGCGCCAACGAUGGCGGGGGCCCGUACCUCCUACCUCACGCGUGGGUGACCGAAUGGAAGAGAAACAAGCUCGGCCCUGCCGUUCUCCCGACGGACCCGGAGUACUCGCUCUUCUGUGAGCACGACCAGCCUUUCGUCGGCAACAAUAAACUCCAGUAUGUCACGGAAGAGGCCAUCUUGCUCCUCCGCUCGGUCCUUGGCGAGUUCGCUGUCUUCGACGAGAAAGCGGAACAGUGCACGGACUGCUCUGCCGCGCAGGAGCUAUCCAAGAACCAGCGUGCAGAGUGGCUCACCAAGGUCAAAGUUGAGGAGAAGCUGUUCAAGAAUCAACGCAACCAGUCUCACGUCUUCGGAGCUAAGAACUAUCUUCUUCCGCGCUCAUUUUUCGUGCAGUGGGAACUGUAUCUCAGGGAGCCAGUCGAGCGGCCCACGUUGCAACUCGACCUCUGCCCACACGAUCUUCUCGACUUUGACCCCGGGCUGGACAAAGCCGAGUACAUCGACGAGAAUGGCUGGGAAAAACUGUACGACUACCCGCCAGAGGAGGGAAUCACCAUCAAGUAUGGCUCACAGCCAGCCGACGGCAAGCGGCUCCCUGUCCUCGACCCAUCGCUUGCGACGUGCGGACCGUGUCGUAUUAAACGGUACUCCGAUUGGAAAGAGCUGUGGCUUCCUAUCGCUGUCGGGGAGAACGCGGCUCCCAGUAACAACGACGGGACGAAGCGUCGUGCGCCGCCGCGGGGGAGGCGUGGAAAGGAGGCACAGAUUCUCGUCACGAAGAACAUGUCCGUCAUGGAGGUCCAAAUGGAGCUAUAUGAGAUGUUCAAGAUCCCGCCGCUUUCGCAACGACUUUUGUUCCAGGGCCGCGACCUGGACCGUCAGGAGACGAUUGGCGGCAUCGGCAUCCUUCUUGGUGACCACUUCAACCUCAUUGAAGUGGUCGAAGUCGAGGACGACUUCGAGAUGGUGGUCGGAGACGAAGGGUUUGGAGGCACCGCGCUGGUCGGGCAGAAGUCUUGUGAGCAUUGUACCAUGUUUAACGAUCCUGGGGCAGCCGAAUGCCAGAUGUGCGGGCUGCCCUUCGCAUAG